UAAACUUCCCGCAAAAUCCCCCACAGACCCGUCGACGCUGAACGGAACGGCUGAGAAAAACCACUACUGAGAAAGUCUCUGUCGUCAACCCAGAUUGGCUGCACUUGGUAUUGCAGGAACUAUGGCUCUUCCGAUUUGUGCUAGGUGUAAGCCUACAGUAGUUUACGAUGAUGGCAGUCGAUGUUGUGAGGUAUGUGGAAAAGUUGUUUAUCAAGAUUUGUACACUGAAGAACCUACAUUUGUUAAGGGCGCCGGAGGAGAGAGUCAGGUGGCUGGUACCCUUGUAAAAUCCAUCCUAAGUUGCUACCCAGAAUCAUUUAGAAGGACUCUAGAUAAAGGGAGAGAUGAAAUAGAACGUAUGGUUACAGCUUUUAAUAUAAGUGGUGGUGACUCCAUAAUUAAUCCAGCCUGUGCAUUUUAUCGGAUUGCACUUGAACGGAGCUUUACUAGGGGGCGUAGAACAGAGCAAGUUGCAGCUGCAUGCCUUUAUAUUGCAUGUCGUGUAGCUAAGGACCCAAAGCCAUUUCUCCUUAUUGACUUUUCAGAGCUUUUGGGGAUAAAUGUUUAUGUGCUAGGCGCUGUGUUUUUGCAGCUUUGUCAACUUCUAAGCCUUGGACAACAUCCUACUAUUGUAAAGCCUGUUGAUCCUUCCCUUUAUAUACCUCGAUUUGCAGAAAAAUUAUUGAAGGAAAGAAACAUGAGGGUCUGCGAAACUGCGUUACGUAUUAUAGCCAGCAUGAAAAGAGACUGGAUUCAGACGGGUAGAAAACCUAGUGGGUUGUGUGGUGCAGCAUUAUAUAUCUCUGCCCUUUCACAUGGGUACAGAUUUUCGAAGUCUGACAUUGUAAAAAUUGUACAUAUUUGUGAAGUAACGCUAUCGAAACGAUUGAUUGAAUUUGAGAAUACUGACUCAGCGAGCUUAACGAUCGAGGAGUUAAAUAAGAAUGCUAAGGCAUGCGGAGUACGAGUUGAUCGGUCCCAAACGUCUGGGGAAGUGCUUUGUGAACAUAAAAGUAAACCUCAUUUUGCCCAUGGACUUUGCAAAGAUUGUUAUGAAGAUUUUAUUGAACUUUCUGGGGGACUACAUGGUGGGUCAGAACCUCCUGCCUUCCAGCGUGCUGAAAGGGAGAGAAUGGCCAUGGCGUCUGCUAAUAAGGGGGAUGAAUCAAGUCCCUUCAUGCCUCAGCAAGAGACGGAAAAAAUUGAACAGUUUGAGAAAGCUAAGUCAUUUGCUGAAAGUAGCCAAAAGGCAACCGAGAAUGAACGAUUGGACCAAAGGGAGGAUGACUGUACUUCAGCUGGCACGGAUCAAAUCGAAAAAGAUGAUGUUUCUGAUGCAUGUCAGAAAUCCAAGAACACAAGUUCCUUCACUGAUGAUGAGUCAGAUGGCCUUUCUGAUAUUGAUGAUGUUGAGGUGAGUGGCUACCUCAACAAUGAGGAGGAGAUGCGUUACAAGAAGAUUAUAUGGGAGGAAAUGAACAAAGAGUAUCUUCAGGAACAAGCAGCAGCAGCUGCUGCUAAGAUGGAAGCCAGUCAGGCCCUCUAUGAGAAUUGUUCUGAUGAAUUGCGAGCUGCACAUGAACUAGCUGCAGCAGCUGCGGCUGCUGUCGCGAAGUCAAGAAAGGAGCGGAAACGGAAACAAGAUGUGAAUACCAAUCCGGCUCAAACAGCUGCAGAAGCAGCUCAUCAAAUGCUAAUCAAGAAGAGACUCAGUUCGAAAAUCAACUAUGAUGUAUUGGAGACCCUCUUUGCCGACAAGCCACCAUCCGAUAUGGAUAAAAAAGUCAGUACAUCAAAUGGCGAUGGCAAUGGCAAUGGCAAUGCCAAAGGGCAAAGCGAUGGCGAGAAAGAGCACGACGGGGACGGCGCAGACAAUUAUGAUGAACUGGAACAAGGGUAUGAAGAAGACAUGGAGCAGGAAGAUGGCAUGGGAACAUAUAGCAAUGUAUUGAACUUCGAAAAUGAAGAGGAUGGUUAUGGUUAUGAUGACUAUGAUAAUGGUGACGAUGAAUAUUGAUAUGAGAGGUAAUUGUAUUCAUAGAUGUAGAUUAUGAAUUAUGAUUGGCUCAUUUGAUUUCAUUGAAAUCCAUACCUAGGAAAUCAUAAAAUCAGUAGUUUCAUGAUA